AUGACAAUAACGCGCCGAAGCCGGAGUCCAACGUUCCGCAGUUCUCGUCAUACUCGUAGCCAGACGUUGUCGAAAUCGAAAUUUAGCUUCUUCACUUCUUGGAUGUCAUCAUUAUCACCCCCGACAACUCUGUCUUCAAGGUCGAAAUCCAGUUUGUCUUCCGCGGGUACAGGAUCACUCUCGCCGACCGGAAGCAGGAGCCGAAGCUUAUCACCUCUCCGUGGGAACCUGGGAACGUCGCCUAGCGCUACUCAACCAGAAGGACCUAUUAUAAUAGACGACUCAAGUGACAUGGGUGACGGGGGGCUUACAGAAGAUAAAGAUGUUGAGACCGUUGUAGGCGCAGAAGUACGCGAUAGUGACUGUGAAAAUGACCCAGUAGUAAUUGUGGACGAUUCGGACGACAGCCCAAAUAGAAAUUCCACAAUUGGAGAAUCCAUUCGCACGAGAAGACAAAAUGGAUACUAUGGCAAGUCUAAUGGGUAUUGCAAGCAUGCGGAGGGCAAGAAUGGGGAGGAUGAGCUUGCGAGAGUUUUAAAGAAUUAUGAUGCAAAUUACGAAGGAGACGAUCACGGUGACGAGGACAUGUGGUAUGAAGAUUAUACAUGCAAUGGUUGGGCAAACCGCUUGUCAGAUACAACACCUAGCUUGGGCGAAUCUAAUACCAUAUAUCAACAAAGUAUACGGAAAAUUGACGACGCCACCGUUUGUUGCGUAUGUGCUGGUUCUGAUUUCUAUAUGAACUCCCUUGUCACAUGUGACGCUUGUCAUACGUCUUAUCACCAAACAUGUCAUUUACCUAAAAUUCCUGACUACACGGUACGCUUACACAAAAAGGGACAAAGUUGGGUUUGCGCAAAUUGCUUCGAUGGGUCUAUACAGAUAAUAUCGGAUCAAAUGCCCAAUAAAAGACAAAAGAUAACAAAUUACGAGUAUGAUGAUGAAUUGCAAACGAGCAAAAGGCGGAAUUGGGUAUCGUCUGCCUUGAGCACUCAUAAUAUAUCUAGCAGAAGCACAAAUGGCUCUUAUACUUCUAUUGCGAGCCGCCACCACAAAAGAACGUCACCUAAACUUAAAAUAGCAAGCCCAAACCAAAAUGAAGACGUUAGUAUCAAACAAAGACAAGAAAUUUCUACACGAACACGUCGUUUCGAAAGGAGAAAGGCGGCGGCAGUCGAACUUCAAAUGCGGCUUGCGAGCGGCCGCAUGAGCAAAGAAAAAACGAAAGACAAGGAUAAGUAUAAAGAGAGGGAGAGAGGGAGAGAGAGGGAAAGAGAGAGGGACAGAGACAGAGUAAGGGACAGAGAGAAAGCAAAAAAGAGGGUAAUGGAAAGGGUAAGGGAAAGAGUAAGGGAAAAGGAGAGAUUAAGAGAGAUGAAUAAGGAGAAAUAUAGAAAGGAAAAAGUAAAGAAGUCUGAGAGAGAAGCUUUAGAAGUGAACAGCGAGGAUAGUAAUGACAAGGAUAAAGACAAAAGGGGACAGAAAAAGUAUGAUAUAAAUGCCAUAUCUAAAAACGAGGAGAAACUGUCUUCUAAUAGUCGAAGUACAGAUACAGCCAGUAUUUUUGUAUAUCGCGAAGAACAGAAUUUUGACAUUCUGUCGUUAGUUCCUCCAAAUGUAAUACCAUGCUUGAACUUUAAUGUGUUGGCAUUUCGCGAGGGAACAAUGGAUCCAAAAAGGGGCAAGCUCAAGAGGGGGAAGGCAUACCCUAUUACACGAUAA